AAAGCGGCGUGGUUGUUGAGUUUGUUAAAUUCGUCGGCUGCAAAAAUUUUCGUGUAGUUAUUCCAGGCGCAGUAAAGCAAAAUGAGCAAGGCGCAUCCUCCAGAGCUGAAGAAGUACAUGGACAAGAAGCUGUCGCUGAGGCUCAAUGGGAGUCGUGUCGUCACCGGGAUCCUGCGUGGUUUUGAUCCGUUCAUGAACCUCGUCCUCGAUGAGACUGUUGAGGAAACAAAGGGAGGAGAGAAACACAACAUUGGUAUGGUGGUUGUCAGGGGAAACAGCAUCGUCCUCCUCGAAAGCCAAGACAGAAUAGGCUGACACCAUGGACUUGGGUCUUCUUGCAGCCAUGCAUUACCAUUGUAUUCUUGUCAUUCACAUUGUUGCAUUACCUUGUCAAUAAACAUGCCAUAAAACUGA